CGCUGCUUUGCGCAGGAAUGGGAAGCAGCUCAGAAGUUCCCGCUCAAUUCAAGCAAAAGGCAGCAGAUGGGAAUCAUGCAGGGCCAGACGCAUCCCAAGAACAGAAGGGUUUUGAUAUGAUCUAUUCGAUUGAAGAUGUGCCACCGUGGUAUCUCUGUAUCCUACUGGGAUUUCAGCAUUAUUUGACAUGUUUCAGCGGCACCAUAGCAGUGCCCUUCCUCCUGGCAGAAUCUUUGUGUGUCGGAAAGGACCAGUAUACUGUCAGCCAGCUCAUUGGUACCAUCUUUAGCUGUGUGGGAAUCACUACUCUAAUCCAAACCACGGUGGGAAUCAGACUUCCUCUGUUUCAAGCCAGUGCUUUAGCAUUCCUGGUUCCUGCCAAAUCUAUCCUGGCUCUCGAAAAAUGGAAAUGUCCCCCUGAAGAGGAAGUCUAUGGAAACUGGACGUUACCCCUUCAAACCUCUCACAUCUGGCAACCAAGGUUGAGAGAGAUCCAAGGAGCCAUCAUUGUUUCUAGCACGGUGGAAGUGGUGAUUGGACUGGUAGGCCUCCCUGGGGCACUGCUCAGCUACAUUGGACCUCUGACAGUCACACCCACGGUCUCCUUAAUAGGUCUCUCCGUGUUCCACGCUGCGGGGGACAGAGCCGGAUCGCAUUGGGGCAUAGCAGCGCUGACAAUAUUUUUAAUUGUUUUGUUUGCUCAGUACCUGCGAAAAGUCUCCUUUGUCCUCCCUGGCUACAAAUGUGGGAAAGGAUGCAUUCUGUUCCGGAUACAGAUCUUCAAGAUGUUCCCAAUCAUUCUUGCAAUUUUAUUGGUCUGGCUGCUGUGUUACAUUCUGACGGCGACUGAUGUAUUUCCUCAUGAUCCAAAUGUCUAUGGAUUCAAGGCCAGGACAGAUGCUAGAGGAGAAAUCAUGUCUAUCGCUCCAUGGUUCAGGUUUCCCUAUCCCUGCCAGUGGGGAAUCCCUACAGUGACGGCAGCUGCGGUUCUGGGAAUGUUCAGUGCUACCUUGGCUGGGAUCAUUGAGUCGAUUGGUGAUUAUUAUGCCUGUGCUAGGCUUGCUGGAGCUCCACCUCCACCUGUGCAUGCCAUUAACAGGGGCAUUUUUACAGAGGGAAUCUGUUGUAUAAUUGCUGGGCUGCUGGGUACUGGUAAUGGUUCAACUUCCUCCAGCCCUAAUAUUGGAGUCUUGGGCAUCACUAAGGUGGGCAGCAGAAGGGUGGUGCAAUAUGGCGCUGGGAUCAUGCUGAUUCUGGGCACAAUUGGCAAGUUCACAGCCUUGUUUGCUUCCCUCCCAGACCCCAUCCUUGGAGGAAUGUUCUGCACCCUGUUUGGCAUGAUCACAGCUGUUGGCCUCUCCAACCUUCAGUUUGUUGACAUGAACUCCUCCCGCAACUUGUUCGUUCUGGGUUUUGCAAUGUUUUUUGGACUCACACUUCCAAACUAUUUGGACGCCCAUCCAAAUGCCAUCAAAACAGGCAUUGCAGAAAUAGACCAAAUAUUAACAGUGCUGCUAACCACAGAGAUGUUUGUUGGAGGUAGCAUUGCAUUCAUACUGGACAACACAAUUCCAGGGACUCAAGAGGAACGUGGCCUUGUACAGUGGAAAGCAGGAGCGCAUGCCAACAGUGAAACAUCCACAAAUCUGAAGAGUUACGAUUUUCCAUUUGGGAUGGGACUGGUUAAAAGCUGCAGGUGGUUGGAGCGCGUGCCCGUCUGCCCAUUUUUCAAGGGCUUUAAAUCAAAGCCGAAGACAGAAGACGCCGAUGUACCAGAACAGAUACCAGGCAUGACUGAAAUCCCUGACCUACACACAAGGGUUUGAAUAGACUCCUUGCAAGUGCUGUGGAGAAUCAGGCACCCAAGAAAAACAGCUGGAGGGAAGGAAAGCCUAUGAAGUUUUUGUACAUUUCUAACCUGUCCCGUGGAAGAGAGGACUCAGCAAAGCAGGAUUAACGUCUGACAUGUGUAGGAGGACAUGUGCUGCUGAUCAACAGUGUUCAUGCACCAUUUUUUUAACUUCAGGGGUUAAAACACACUUGCUAAGACUGAACCCAGAGCCGUUCUGUAAGACCCCUCCGCCAUUUUGAAUGUAGCAGAUCCAGUAAAAGCUUUGAAGAAAUAUAUUUGCGCACCACAUAAGUGACAGAGAUUUCACAUUAGCAGAGCAAUAGCAGGACAGCGCAUAUUCUCCAGCCAAGUUUUUGUUUUUUUAAAAAAUCAGGGUUUCCAGUCAAAAUUCUGCAAAUUUAGUUGUCUGACAUUUACUUUGAUUUCAUAUUCUUAUUACACUUUUGUGAUUAAUGAAGCAACUAGGACCCUUUUUUUUGCAUCGGUGGGUGCAACAAACUGAGGAGGCAGCUUUUUCAGUUGCAUUUUCAAGUUCCUUUUCAAAAGUGUAUGGACUGGAUUUUUAUCAGUUUAUUUUUUAAAAAGUAAUGCUCAAAACAUCCAGUUGUUUCUACUACCAAACUGUGCACCGCUAUUGAAUGUAGAGAACAUACCCGAAGGGAAUUAUAGCUUCACGCACUCUGAUCCAAAACUUGGGAUACUUUGUUCUGGCAAGGGAAACACAAGCCACAGAAGUGGGCCCAGAUGACACCACGCAA